AUGCCUGGUGAAGUGGAGGGCACCUUAAUGCUCAUAGCAGCUGGGGAAUUUUCACUGGGGAUCUUAGGGAAUGCAUUCAUUGGACUGGUAAACUGCGUGGACUGGAUCAAGCACAGGAAGAUCGCCUCCAUCGAUUUAAUCCUCACAAGUCUGGCCAUAUCCAGAAUUACUCUAUUAUGUGUAAUACUAUUAGAUUGUUUCAUAUUGGUGCUGUAUCCAGAUGUCUACGCUGCCGGUAAACAGAUGAGAAUCAUUGACUACUUCUGGACACUAACCAACCAUUUAAGUGUCUGGUUUGCCACCUGCCUCAGCAUUUUCUAUUUCCUCAAAAUAGCUAAUUUCUUACAUCCCACUUUCCUCUGGAUGAAGUGGAGAAUUGACAGUGCAAUUCCUGUGAUCCUGCUGGGGUGCUUGGCCCUCUCUGUGUUCAUCAGCCUUCCUGUCAUUGAGAAUUUGAAUGAUGAUUUUAGGCGUUGUGUGAAGACGAAGUUGAAAACAAACUUAACUUUGAGAUGCAGAGUAAAUAAAGCUCAGUAUGCUUCCAUCAAGAUAUGUGUCAACCUGUUGACACUAUUCCCCUUUUCUGUGUCCCUGAUCGCAUUUCUCCUCUUGAUUCUCUCCCUGUGGAGACACACCAGGCGAAUGCGGCUCCAUGCCACAGGGUGCAGAGACCCCAGCAUCAAAGCCCACGUAGGAGCCAUGAAGGCGGUCAUCUCCUUCCUCCUCCUCUUCAUUGCCUACUACUUGGCCUACCUUGUAGCCACCUCCAGCUACUUUAUGCCAGAGACUGAAUUAGCUGUGAUGGUUGGUGAGUUGAUAGCUCUAAUCUAUCCCUCAAGCCAUUCACUUAUCCUGAUUCUAGAGAACAAGAAAUUAAGACAAGCCUCUCUAAGGUUGCUAUGGAAAGUAAAGCAUAUCCUACAAAGAAGGAAUUGCUAA